AUGCAUAUCAAAAAUUUGAAAGUGAGGCCGCAGAAAAACACCUCGACGACGCUCUGCGCCCCCGAGCUCGCGCAGAUGCUGGGCUGCUGGGCUGCGACGAAGGACCACUUGUCAGUCGAUAAAUGCGCGUCUGCCGCAACCACGCUGUUCGAGUGCAUGCGCACCACGCCAUUCAAGACUAAAAAGCAGCGGCCGACGAUCAAUUAUCACCUCGCACGGCUCGGGAAACACCUUAAGUAG